AGAGAGAGAGAGAGAAACCUACAUACAUAUGUCAAAACACAAUUCGUAUCUCUUUCACGACUCAGCUGACAAAUUUUAUUCCAUCAGCUGUAAUUUUGCAAUAGUGACAUGUUACGAAUUUUUAACGUUGCAAGUUACAAAUGUCCUUUCAGCUGUAAUUUACACUUAGCGUGCGUGCGUGCUUCAACGGAAAGUAACAAAGGUUUUUCGGAAAAACUAGCAGAUGGUCCGCAAUUUGAGGACUUCCUCACAAACGAUGUCAAGAAAUAUGAUGGAAAGUUGAAGUUGAACAAAGGCGAGUCAGCACGACUGAGGUUACCACCAUGGUUGAAGACUGAGAUACCUAUAGGCAAAAGUUACAGCAAGAUAAAAGCACAAAUGAGGCACUUGCGUUUGAGUACAGUCUGUGAGGAGGCCAGAUGCCCAAACAUUGGAGAAUGUUGGGGUGGAGGCAGUCAUGGUACAGCAACUGCUACUAUCAUGCUAAUGGGGGAUACAUGCACUCGUGGUUGCCGUUUUUGUUCUGUGAAAACUGCACGAACACCACCACCGUUGGACAUAGAAGAGCCAGUUAAUACUGCCACUGCGAUAGCAGACUGGGGUUUAGACUAUAUUGUUUUAACAUCUGUGGAUCGUGAUGAUUUAAAAGAUGGUGGAGCUAGUCAUAUUGCAUCUACUGUUAAGGAGAUUAAAAAAAGGAGCAAUAUCUUGGUGGAAUGUUUGGUGCCCGAUUUUAGAGGCGAUGAAGAUUGUGUCAGUACGAUUGUCAAUUCUGGAUUAGAUGUGUUUGCGCACAAUAUCGAAACUGUGGAACGUUUAACUCCAUUUGUCCGGGAUAGACGCGCUCGAUACAGGCAGUCAUUGGCUGUGUUAAAGGCAGCUAAGAAAUCCAAACCUGAAUUGAUCACUAAAUCAUCGAUAAUGUUGGGACUGGGCGAGACAGACGAUGAAAUUGAGCAGACUAUGCGAGAUCUGAGAGAUGUCGGUGUGGACGCUCUAACGUUAGGACAGUACAUGCAACCCACAAAGAGGCAUUUAAAAGUCAUCGAAUACGUAACACCCGAAAAAUUCAAGUCAUGGGAAAAUGUAGGGAAUCAACUGGGCUUUUUGUAUACUGCUAGUGGUCCGUUAGUGCGAUCGUCGUAUAAAGCUGGCGAAUAUUUCCUGACAAAUAUUUUAAAACAACGGAAGAAUAAACAAAUCGAUGACUACGAUAUAUCAAAGAUUUAAAAAAAGAAAAAUUAGUAGUCUAUGACUUGUGUGUUACUUGAAAUUUAAAAUUCGAGAAAUGUAGUCGAAAGUCUUACGUUUAUAUAUUACUUCAGAAUAGUUUUUCGAUGCAGUUCGGAACGCAGUCGAUAGUUCGGUAAGAGAAUUUAACUUCUGGGAAUUAAUAAAUGUUCCAAAUUGCAUUGAAUAAAAAUGUUCAAAUCAUUGAAAUCAAAUAUAUGUACGAUGUGUGUAUAUAUAUGUACGUAUAUAUAUAUGUACGUAUGUAUGUAUAUAUGUAUGCGAUAAUUACAUGUAGAAGGAAAAUUUGUAUCGUGCAAUUUAGCCUCAUGAAAUAUAUAUAUAUAUAUAUAUAUAUAUAUAUAUAUAUAUAUAUAUAUAUAUAUAUAUAUAUAAAAU